AUGUCUCAACCCAAUAACCAAUCGUUCAAUGAUUCCGAACUGUCAAAUGGGUUUCAUCUCUUGACAGAGUCUUCAGAUACUGUCAAAGUCAACACGCCUUCAGUUCCUCUUGGCGAAGCUCAUUUAUACCCACGCUUAGCAGGAUCCAACUGGACAAGUUAUCUCAGUCAACCCAAUAUUGUGCUCGGUCGAUCUGUAUCUCAACCCACUUCUAAAAGAAAAGGCAAAGAUGUCGACGUAGAUUUCGGCUCUUCCAAAGCUAUCUCAAGAAGACACUGUGAGAUUCGGUUCAGUACGCGAAGGGAUCGAUGGGAGCUGUAUGUCUACAGUCGUAAUGGUGUCAAGAUAAACCACUUGAUCAAGAAGCCUCGCGAUAAACCAGCUGUGCUCAAGACAGGCGAUUUAAUCGAAAUCAAUAAUACAAGCUUUGUGUUUAUUUUGCCUACCAGUUUUAUUAAGCCAAGAUAUCCAAGCCAAGUGAUCAUGUCUGAAGGGAAUACGGACUCCAAUGUGGAUCAAGAGCUGGAAACAGCCGUAGUUCAGUUAUUGGAGAAAAACAAUUGUCUAAAUACAGUUGAUAUUGUGGAUCAAUUAAAAUCAACAACAAACAAGACAUUGAAUAAAGAUGCAAUUCUUCAAUUACUGGUAAUGAGUAAUAAGUUUCAUUUGGCUCCAAAUUCAGUGUCUAUGACUUCAAAGGAAUCCGAUGCUGCCAAAUGGAUGCUGAUGUCUGAACCAGAGCCUGAUUUACCUGCUAUUCCUGAAGCAAAAAAGGACUUUGUGUUGCCCUUAUUUGAAGACGAUGAGGAUUGGUCCGUACUUGUGCCUGAUUCGCCUACAGAAGAAGAAGACCAAACAGACACACAAGGGAGUCGUAAACCACCUACUUUGUUUCGAGGGUUGUCUAUAGAGUCUAUUUAUACUGUAUGGAAUGCAUCUUUUCACCAAGAAGAAGAAGAGGAAGAAGUAGAAGAAACAAAAAGACCUUCAAAACGAUUAAGGCAUACUGAUAGUCAUGAAUCUGUCAUAAGUCAAGCAGAGAAUGAAGACAUUUUCAAACAAGUACGUACCAAGAUCAUUGCUUAA